CUCAGUCCUAAAAAUGGCUCUGCUUUACAUAAAUACACUUCAGAACCUCUCGCUUUUCGGAGGGAAUCGUUUGGUUGAAGCGAUUCACGAGUUGAAUAGAUAUUAUCCAUCUGAAAUUAUUGUAUAUUUGGAAUUCGGAGAUGGCUCCGAUGUCCUGGAAGAAUCCAAACAGCCUUUAAGACAAACUCUCUGGUUUAAAAACCCAAUAUUUCAAACAGUUCUUGAAGGCAACUUUAGUAGUUCCACAAUCACAGUUCUCUAUCUCGAAGAUAAGUAUCUAGAAAGCGGUAUAAACUAUCUUACAAAUUGGCUAUGGAAGUACCAACACUUGCACGUAAUAAUAUUUUACAAAAACGGAAAAGUUGAAAGAUUACACAAAAUCUUUAAAAAGUGUUUUGACCAAGGAUUGCCUAAUCUACUCGUAAUACUCCCGGAGUUUGAAGGAUUUUACACCUUUCAACCAUUUCCAGAGGUGAGGAUCUUACACUUAAAUAGGGUUGAAGAAUAUUACGACAAAUCACUUUUGAAGUGGAACUUAUUGGGCUACAAUGUAACCAUUGGCCUUGUCACAGCUGGAGCACCUCGAUGGUUUUCCUUCAGGGAUCGUCAUAACAGAUUAAUACUUACCGGCUACAUGCUCAGAACUGUCGUGGAUUUUGCCAAUAACUUUAAUGGUACUAUUGAUCUGGUGGAUAUUAAAACAGUUAACGAAGGUCUAGAGCUUUUGGCUAAUCGAUCCAUUGACUUUUUUCCAUUUCUUAUAAGACCUUUGGAUACAUUUGCAAUGACUAGUAUUUUAUAUCUUGAAAACUGCGGUCUCAUCGUGCCCUCAUCGCGACUGUUGCCAAACUUCCUCUAUGUGAGCAGUCCUUAUACCUUCACCAGCUGGAUAACCUGGCUAAUAAUGUUGGUCUACUGCUCUUUGGCAUUAAAAAUUUUAUACAAGGGCCAGUUCAGUUUAAGUGAAACGUUUCUCCAAAUCCUGCGACUUGCUUUGUACCUAUCGGGUGGAAAGGAAAUGGGAGCACGGCCUUCUCAUCAUCGCUUUUUACUGUUUUUCAUUCUGACACAUUCUGGAUUCAUUCUCACCAACCUCUAUUUGGCAAAGCUAUCAAGCAAUUUGGCGGCAGGUCUUUACGAGAAACAAAUAAAUACAUGGGACGAUUUGGACAAAAGCGACAGCGUUUGGCCCUUGAUUGACGUGGAUGUGGAAACUAUGCAGAAACUUAUUCCCGAUCGAAAGAAUCUCAUAAAACGAAUUGUAACUACACCGGAAUUGGAUGUGGAUGAGUAUCGAAGAAACUUGAACACGAGCUGCAUUCAUUCUGGAUUCUUCGAUCGCAUCGAAUUCGCGCUCUACCAGCAACAGUAUCUACGCUUUCCCAUUUUCCGCAAAUUUCCACACAUCCUUUACCAGCAACCCAUGCAGAUUUCCACUCAUUUUGGCCAACCAUACUUGCAAUUUUUCAAUUCCUUUGUCAUAAGGAUAUUCGAGAGCGGAAUUUUCCUAAAAAUCAAGGACGACGCCUACCGCCACGGCAUUGAAAGUGGGCUUUUGAAUUAUGGUUUUCAAGACCGGAACAUGGAAGUAAAGUCAAACGAUGUGGAAUAUUAUUAUUUAAUUGGUGGAUUGUGGCUGGGCGGCUUGCUUUUAGCCACGAUUUGUUUUUGCUUUGAAAUACUCACUAAAAAAAUAAAAAUUACUGUCAAAAUAGUUUCCAAAUUGUAG